GCUACAUUGUAUUUUAUCAUGAAGUAUGUUCCUGGUCGUGGCUGAUAAGAAGUUGAAAGAUUUCCUUGAAUUUUCCAACUAUCCAUUGUAGACGCCUCUCUUUCUUACUACCCCGUUCGUUUAUCCACCAUCGAGUGCUUUGAGAGUUUCGCAUGACACAAGAAGGAGUUGAAAAACAAAGAAAGAGGAGCUGGUUGUCUGUGGCGCGCUAAAAUCAUGUUUGUAGCUCGUGAAAUUCCCGCAGAACACAAAGAUUUGAUUCACGAUGUUUCGUACGAUUACCACGGAAGAAGAAUGGCUACUUGUUCCAGUGAUCAAAGUGUUAAGGUUUGGGAUCUUGGAGAGGAUGGUCAGUGGCAUUGUACGGCAAGUUGGAAGACCCACUCUGGCUCAGUAUGGAAAGUAACUUGGGCACAUCCAGAAUUUGGCCAGGUGCUGGCAUCAUGUUCCUUUGACAGGACUGCUGUUGUAGGGUCUGGUAAUGGCACUUCACAAGGUCAAAGUCAUUGGGUGAAAAGGAGCUCACUUGUUGAUAGUAGAACAUCAGUAACAGAUGUCAAGUUUGCUCCAAAGCAUUUGGGACUACAGCUGGCCACAUGCUCCAAGGAUGGUACUGUUAGAAUUUAUGAAGCUCCUGAUAUAAUGAAUUUAGGCCAGUGGCAACUACAGAAUGAGAUCCACCACAAGUUGAGUUGUAGCUGUGUGUCAUGGAACUUAUCAAGAGUGCAUCCACCAAUGUUAGCAGUGGGUAGUAAUGAUCCUAACACCAGUGCUGGAGGAAAAGUUCAAAUACAUGAACACAAUGAAGCAAACAGAAAGUGGCACAGAUUAGAAACACUAAUGGCAAUAACAGAUGCUGUUCAUGAUGUGGCCUUUGCUCCAAAUUUAGGAAGGUCAUAUCAUCUUUUAGCCAUUGCUUCUAAGGAUGUUCGUAUUAUGAUGCUCAAACCUUACAGAGAGCAAGGAACAGGAGCUGGAGCAAGUUUGGCCAAACUUGAUAUCAGUCUGGCAGCACAGUUUAAUGAUCAUGACUCUCAAGUUUGGAGAGUUGAGUGGAAUAUAACAGGCACAAUAUUGGCUUCCUCUGGAGAUGAUGGCUGUGUACGUUUAUGGAAAGCCAACUAUCUUAACAACUGGAAGUGUAUAACAGUUUUACGUGGAGAUGGUACCUCAGGUCCCAUGAGUGGCCCCAGUAUGAGUGGUUCAAUCAUGAAUGGACAGGAUCCAAAGACAAGUCCGGCUGCAUUCAAAUCACAGACUUCCUGGUACACAUGAUAACACAACAUUCUUUGUCCUCCAGGGACACUUUUUCUACCUAUCUGAAGACAUUUUGAUCAACACCUCCAGCAGUUAAUAAAAGUAACAAAGAAUCAGCUGAGAUAUGUGCUAAUCAGAUGUCUUGAUAAAAAAAUAAAAACAUUUGUUUUGUUUUUGUUUUUUUCAUAAAGAAUUUGAGAACAGGUCUGGUUCGGUUGUUUAAAGGGUAUGCUGGAUAAAUCCCUAUCUAGUGGAUAGCACAGUACGUUUCUUAAUAAUUAUUUACUGGAUAGUGAUUUAUCCAUUGAUUACUUCCUGUAUACAACUGGACCCUGAUUAAGUUAUUUUUUUAAGCAGAUGCCUCUUGAUAUGGAUAGAUCUUAGGAUAUAGAUGACCUGCAGCUUUCUAAUUUAACUUCACAAUUAUAAAAAUUCUGUAAUUCUGCUGUAUCAUUUGCUAUGUAUUCUCAGCAGUUUACAUUACAGUAUUGCCUAGUCAUAAGCCUCUUUUUUGUUGUUCACUUUUAAAAUCUGUACUUGGCAUUGCACCUCCUGCUAUGAAAAAUCCUGGUUCCCCUCCUGGGAAUGGACAUAAGAUUUUUUUUGUUUAAACUCAAGUCCAACUCUACAUUUAUGGAUGAGUCAGAUCAACAAAAAACUUUUAAUCACUAUCAUCUAUGAUUUUUUUUGUUGGUAUUAUGCUAAUCUACAAGUAGUUGUUCUAUAUACAUGUUACUGUUCAUAAAUUUUACAUUUUGAAAUGCAUGGUGAUAUGCAAUAACUGCUAUUUUGGGAAACACUUAGUUGGCUAAAAUAAAAUAGAAGUAAUUGAC